AUGUCUACCCUCAAGGCCGUCAAGUACACCCGUGGCAAGCUAUUGGUCCUCGACCAGCUUCGUCUCCCGCACGAGUUCCACUACGAUGAUGUCUCAAACAGGACCGAGGCCUUUGACAGCAUCGCCUCUAUGCGCACACGUGGCGCUCCCGCCAUUGCCAUCGUUGCGAGCCUGGGUCUCGCCGUCGAGCUGUUCAAUGGCAGCCUCACAGCGUCCUCCGGCGCCGAGGCCAUUGCCCAGAUCGACGACGCCCUCGACUACCUCAAGGAGAGCCGUCCUACAGCUGUGGACCUGACCAAUGCUAUCAACCAGCUCAAGGCGCAUAUAAGGGCAGUGGGCUCUGCAGCCAGCAAGGAGGAAAUCAUCACUGCCUUCAUCGAAGAAGCUGAGAAGAUCUUCGCGAAGGACCUGCAGACCAACCUCUCCAUCGGUGAUUUUGGCGCCGAGUGGCUUCGCGCUCUUGGUGCUUCAGAAAGCCAGCAGAUCUCCGUGCUCACCCACUGCAACACCGGAUCCCUUGCCACCUCUGGCCAUGGCACUGCUCUGGGCAUCAUCCGCACCCUUCAGGCCAAGGGCCUCCUGCAGCAUGCCUUCUGCACCGAGACUCGACCUUACAACCAGGGAAGCCGACUUACUGCUUUCGAACUGGUCUACGAGGGCAUUCCCAGCACCCUGAUUACCGAUUCUAUGGCCGCCUCUCUUUUCCGCAACCGAAAGCAGGAGAAGAACAUUGCGGCCGUCAUCGUUGGCGCUGACCGAGUUGUGCGCAACGGCGACACCGCCAACAAGAUCGGAACCUACCAGCUGGCCGUUCUCGCCAAGUACCACGGCAUCAAGUUCAUUGUUGCAGCGCCCACGACCAGCAUUGACCUUGAGACCGAGACUGGAGAAGGCAUCAAGAUCGAAGAGAGGAAGGGCGAAGAGCUUACGCAGAUUACUGGAGCUGUCGUGAAGCCAGACGGCACCAUCGACGAGACCUCCAAGGUGCGUGUCGCCACCGCUGAUCAGAGGGUUGGAGUCUGGAACCCUGCCUUCGACGUGACCCCCGCCGAGCUUAUCGACACUGUCGUCACCGAAAAGGGCGCCGUAGAGAAGGGAGCGGACGGCAAGUUUGACUUUAGCAAGAUCAUGCCUGAACGAUGGGCCAAGGUGAUUGGUGCUUGA